AAUCAUCAAUUGCAUUCACAACAGCGAAGCAAAAUAUUCUAAUAAUUCAUUGUUUGCCUCGCUGGGCAUUGGCGAUUCCAUACGCUAGAAUCCUAUUCCCACCGUGUAAAAUAUCUUCAUUCUCCACCACGUUGCAUCUCCAUACCAAUUUUUAAUUUCUUUCUUCCUAUUAAUUCAUAAUUCUCAGAUUUGCUUCCAUGUAUACACAACAACACACAAUCACCCUGAAGACCAGACAAAACUAGUCAUACUCUUUGCAUUUCGGUUAAACAUCCACGUUGAAGCCGAUAUGUCAAAACCAUCUCGCUCCUUAGAUUCAACGUGACAAAUCUUAACUUGUGUAUUGGCGGACCAUCCCGUCGGUUAUAACGCGAAACCAAACAUACACUCCACGUGACACUGGUUCGGUGUCAUAAACCCCACCUCUCUCUUUCUGUUUUCUCCGCACUCACUCAACUUGACACACCCACCCUUUCUGUUUCAUUUCAUGGCGGAACCCGGUGCUGACGAUAACGCCGACGGCGACGCCAACGGCGGCGUCAUUUACCUCCACGGCGACCUCGCCUUAAAAAUCAUCGAGGCUCGCCAGUUACCCAACAUGGACAUCUUCUCAGAGCGUUUCCGCCGCUGCGUAACCGCCUGCGACACCAUCAAUUGCACCUCCUCCGACCCCGCCGACGGGGGAAAUCGCCGCGAACACCGCCACCGCCGGAAGAUCAUCACCAGCGACCCCUACGUUACGGUCUCAGUGCCGCAGGCCACCGUCGCCCGCACGCGCGUGCUCAAGAACGCCAGUAAGCCCAUCUGGAACGAGAGUUUCAACAUCCCGCUCGCUCACCCCGUCGUCGACCUGGAGUUUCGCAUCAAGGACGAUGACGUCUUCGGCGCUGAGACUAUGGGCACCGUUAAGAUCCCGGCGAAGCAGAUCCUCUCCGGUGAGGAGAUUUCCGGGUGGUUCCCUCUCAUUGGAUCAUACGGGAAGCCGCCGAAGCCGGACACCGCGCUGCGCAUCGAGAUGAAGUUCACGCCGGUGGCGGAGAACCCGCUGUACCGGACUGGCAUUGCGGCGGAUCCAGAGCACAGGGGCGUGAGGGAUACUUAUUUUCCGGUGAGGAAGGGGAGCUCGGUGAGGUUGUACCAGGACGCACAUUGCUCCGAUGGGUUUCUGCCGGAGAUUCAGCUCGACGGUGGGAAGGUUUACAGGCACGAGAAGUGCUGGGAAGAUAUCUGCUAUGCUAUAUCGGAGGCUCAUCACUUGGUGUAUUUGACGGGUUGGUCAAUCUACCACAAGGUGAAGAUUGUGAGGGAACCUUCUAGGCCUUUACCCCGUGGUGGAGAUUUGACUCUUGGCGAGUUGCUCAAGUACAAGUCUGAAGAAGGGGUUAGGGUUCUGUUGCUGGUUUGGGAUGAUAAGACUUCUCACGAUAAGCUCUUCUUCAAGUCGGCUGGAGUAAUGCAGACUCAUGAUGAGGAAACUAGGAAGUUUUUCAAACAUUCUUCUGUGAUGUGUGUUUUGGCGCCUCGGUACGCCAGCAGCAAGCUGAGCUUCUUGAAGCAACAGGUUGUUGGAACCGUGUUCACGCACCACCAAAAAUGUGUUAUUGUGGACACACAGGCCGCUGGUAAUAACCGAAAGUUAACUGCUUUUAUAGGAGGUCUUGAUCUAUGUGAUGGACGCUAUGACACUCCUGAGCAUCGGCUUUUUCGUGACCUUGACACUGUAUUUUCUGAAGAUUUCCACAAUCCUACAUUUGCUUCUGGAACAAAGGCUCCUAGACAACCGUGGCAUGAUUUGCACUGCAGAAUAGAUGGGGCUGCUGCUUAUGAUGUUCUUAUUAAUUUUGAGCAGCGAUGGAGAAAAGCAACUAAGUGGAAAGAGUUUGCAAUUCUUUUCAAACAAACCUCCCAGUGGAACGAUGAUGCGUUAAUACGUUUGGAACGCAUCUCGUGGAUUUUAAGUCCUUCCCAACCUUCCUCAAAGAAUAAAUAUACAAUUGUUCCGGAGGAUGACCCUGGAGUAUGGGUUUCUAGUGAAGAUGAUCCUGAAAACUGGCAUGUUCAGAUCUUCCGCUCCAUUGACUCAGGAUCCCUGAAAGGAUUUCCCAAACGUGUGGAUGUUGCUCUAGCUCAGAAUCUUAUCUGUGCCAAAAAUUUGGUUAUAGACAAAAGCAUUCAAACAGGAUACAUUCAAGCGAUCAGAUCUGCUCAGCAUUUUAUUUAUAUUGAAAACCAGUACUUUAUUGGAUCUUCAUAUGCAUGGCCAUCGUACAACAACGCAGGGGCUGAUAAUCUUAUCCCAAUGGAAUUAGCACUGAAAAUUGUUAGUAAAAUCAGGGCUAAGGAAAGAUUUGCUGUAUAUAUUGUUUUACCGAUGUGGCCAGAAGGUGAUCCUAAAUCUGGGGCUAUGCAAGAAAUCCUUUUCUGGCAGGGCCAGACAAUGCAAAUGAUGUAUGAUGUUGUUGCUGGAGCAUUGAAAUCAAUGCAGCUUAAUGAUGUGAACCCACAAGAUUACCUCAACUUCUAUUGCCUCGGUAAUCGAGAGCAAUUUAAUGAAGAAAGCACAAGCUCAAAUGGUGCACCGGUCUCUAGUGCAUAUAGAUGUCGCAGAUUUAUGAUUUAUGUGCAUGCCAAGGGGAUGAUCGUUGAUGAUGAGUAUGUUAUAGUGGGAUCUGCUAAUAUAAAUCAAAGAUCUCUGGCUGGUACUAAAGAUACUGAGAUAGCUAUGGGUUCCUAUCAACCCCAUCACACAUGGUCUGCCAGGAAAAGACAUCCACAUGGCCAGAUUUAUGGUUACAGAAUGUCACUUUGGAGCGAGCAUCUUGGCAUGUUAGAUGAAACUUUUGAGGAACCAGAGAGAUUGGACUGUGUGCGUAAGGUGAAUGCAAUUGCAGAAGAUAAUUGGAGAAAGUACGCUUCUGAAGAUUUCUCACUACUGCAGGGACAUCUUCUUAAGUAUCCUGUCCAAGUAGAUUCUGAUGGGAAGAUCAGCUCCCUACCUGACUGCGAGAAUUUCCCAGAUGCUGGAGGUAGGAUAUUGGGGGCUCACUCCACAACAAUUCCAGAUAUCCUAACAACAUAAGCUCCUGAAUUCAUGUUGAUUGAAGAUUGAUGAAGGUUGUCAUGUGAUGUGUUGUUUGCUUCUUCCUGGGGAAGUGCAGUUCGAGUGAAGUGUUUAGUUUUCUGUUCUUAAAAUUGAUUGUUGAAAUCUCUUGUAAAUGUUUCAGGCAGUAAUGAUUCAUAUUUUUAUAGGAUCUAUCCACUUCAAUAGAUUGUUUAUUGUCCACAGCCCAGCCCUUUACUAGUAGGCCAUAGUUCUCUGCCACUUAAUCUUCACUCUUACCUCCAAAAAUACAGUAAAAUUGUUUAAACCAUUUCCCUGGUUUUGUGGAAUAUUUUGAUUCUUUUGCAUAGCGAGAUUUUACAUUUUGAAGUAUUA